AUGGCUACAGAGAAGACAGAAGCUUUUCUUGUCACAAGCAAAAGAUCCUUUGAGGUCCCGAAGAUUGGGAUAGGAUGGACUGAAGUCUCCUGGGGAAAUAGUUUAAAGCACCAGGAAGUGACGUUGGAUCGAAAAUUAAAGUUCGACCAACAUGCUAAGAUCACAUCACUGUAUGCCGUCGACUGUAUGGGGAACCUAUCAAGGAUGAUGCCCAAUGUCGGUGGCCCCAGGGUAAAGAAAUGGCAAUUAGUGGUGACCGUGGUUCAAGCAAGGCAGCUUUACGCUGCCCCUGCAUGGACUAAGUCCCUAAAGAACUGCGGCAUCUCUGAUGAGCUACUCUCUGCGCAGGGUGGAUGUGCGCGGAGAGUGGUUUCAGCUUAUAAAGCAGAUUCAACGAGCGCUGCUCUGGUUCUUGCGAGUUUCCUGCCAGUGGACUUACUGGCGAGGGAAAGACAGGAGGAGGUAUUUCAGCUUAACAAAGAUCGAGUUACCUCCCAAGAACAACAGAGUAGGAAUCUUGCUUAA